ACGUGCGUCCUAGUAAAUGACACCUCAUGUUCCACGACGUGUAGCCCUCCCGCUCCCAGUGGAGAAAAGGGUCAACAAAGAUUUUAGAUUGGCUUCGUUUCAUUCAGUCUCUUCAGAAAGCCAUGAACACGAAGCUCAUACUCACUGCAAUAACCCUAGCAGCAAUCUCCAUCAUCCUCGCCGUUAAUUCAAAUCAUCUCUUUAAACCGCCUUCGAUUCCCGGCACUCAUGACCUCCUGCACGGCUCGGAAGUAAUCCAAGUCACCGGAGCCUUCGGACCGGAGAGUAUAGCUUUCGACCCCAAAGGGGAAGGGCCCUACACCGGCGUCGCAGACGGCCGGGUUCUUAAAUGGGAAGGGGAUGGCCGCGGAUGGACCGAUUUUGCUGUCACCACUUCCGAAAGGAAGGAGUGUGUGAGGCCGUUUGCUCCGGAGAUGGAACAUAUAUGUGGAAGGCCGCUGGGGCUGCGAUUUGACAAGAAAACGGGAGAUCUGUAUAUCGCAGAUGCCUACUUUGGGCUUCAAGUGGUGGAGCCAAAUGGAGGUUUGGCCACCCCACUGGUGACGGAGGUUGAAGGCCGGCGAUUGCUCUUCACCAACGAUAUGGACAUCGACGAAGUUGAAGAUGUGAUUUAUUUCACUGACACCAGCACAGAUUUCCACAGACGACAAUUCAUGGCAGCACUCUUAAGCGGGGACAAUACAGGCAGAUUGAUGAAGUAUGAUAAAUCAAGCAAAGAAGUGACAGUUUUGCUACGGGGACUUGCUUUUGCCAAUGGCGUAGCAAUGAGCAAAGACCGCUCCUUUGUGCUGGUAGCUGAAACCACUACCGGUAAGAUCAUAAGGUAUUGGCUUAAGGGUCCUAAUGCUGGAAAAUCGGACGUUUUCGCAGAGGUACCAGGGUAUCCAGACAACGUCAGAAGGAAUUCGAAAGGAGAGUUUUGGGUGGCUUUGCAUGCCAAAAAGGGACCUCAUGCAAAUUGGAUUACUUCUAAUUCAUGGGUUGGGAAGACAUUGUUGAAGCUUCCACUAACCUUCAAGCAACUACACAAACUCAUAGUGGUAGAGGCCCAUGCUACUGCUAUCAAGCUGAGCGAGGAAGGGCAAGUUUUGGAGGUUUUAGAAGAUUGUGAAGGGAAAAGUAUGAGGUUUAUCAGUGAGGUGGAGGAGCAUAAUGGAAAGCUGUGGCUUGGAUCAGUGAUGAUGCCCUUCAUCGGCGUUUAUGAUUUGCAUUAGAGAAGUGCUUUCUUCAUCUCGAGGUAAGCUGUGUGACUGAAUUUUGUGGCCUAUAUGAACUUAAUUGCCCAAUUGCCACAUAUUUAUGUACUUUUAGCUAAGUUAUUUAAAAUACAAAAUUGCAUACAUUUUAAUGCCA